UUCUCUUUGCACUAGUGUCAUUUGUCUCGUGAAAGCAGCUUUCAGUUAUAUCAUUUACUGAACCAGAAGACACUCUUUCCUUCACUGAAAAGAUUUAUCACAAAUUCAUGGAUUUCAGGAUUUUGCUUUUUAAAUAAAGAAUCCAUUGAAAAAAAUAUCUCCUCACACGGAGAAAGCGAUAAUCUUUUUCUCUAAAAAAAUCUGAGUCAGAUUCCCUUGUUUCUUCUGUACUCCUCUCUAUUAUAAUAUGCACCAUUCACUCUAAACCAUAACGAAUCCCUAUUAGCUCAACUGAAGAUUGUAGGAAAGAUAAUCUGGGUCAGAUUUAUCUCUGAAAGAAAUGGCAAAUUUGGGAUUAUUUUCUGGAACCGAGUCUGUGAAAUCUGUGAAUUUGAGCUUUCGGAUACCAUAUUACACUCAAUGGGGCCAGAGCUUGCUUGUAUGCGGUUCUAAGCCGAUCCUAGGUUCUUGGAAUGUGAAGAAAGGGUUGUUAUUGAGUCCUGUUCAUGAGGGUGAGGAGCUCAUAUGGUAUGGAACUGUUUCAAUUCCAAGCGCAUUUAGUUGUGAGUAUAGUUAUUAUGUGGUGGAUGAUGAGAGAAACGUGUUAAGAUGGGAGAUGGGGAAGAAGCGCAAACUGUUACUUCCUGAGUGUGUAAAUGAUGGAGAGACUGCUGAGCUUCAUGAUCUUUGGCAGAGUGGUGGUGAUGCUAUCCUUUUCAGAAGUGCUUUCAAAGAUGUUAUUUUUCGCAAAAGUUGGAACUUGAAUAUAGAAAGGCCUCUGGAAGUCCAGAAUAAGCUGGAAAAAGAAGAUGGAAUUGUUGUCCAUUUCAAAAUUUGCUGCCCCAAUGUAGAAGAAGAGACAUCAGUUUAUGUAAUUGGCAGCACUUCUAAAUUAGGCCAGUGGAAGGUUCAGAAUGGACUUAAACUCAGCUAUGCCGGUGACUUAAUUUGGCAAGCAGAUCUUCUGAUGCCGAGGAGUGACUUUCCAAUAAAGUAUCGAUACUGCAAAUACAAUAAGGCAGGAACCAUUUCUUUGGAAACUGGUCAAAAUCGGGAACUCUCCCUUGACUCUUCAAAAGUUCCGCCAAGACACAUUUUUCUUUCAGAUGGCAUGUUGCGAGGAAUGCCUUGGCGGGGUGCCGGUGUUGCAAUUCCUAUGUUUUCUGUUAGGUCAGAAAAUGAUCUUGGGGUUGGUGAGUUUCUUGACCUCAAACUUCUUGUUGAUUGGGCUGUGGAAUCUGGGUUUCAUUUAGUUCAGCUUCUGCCAAUCAAUGACACUUCUGUGCAUGGAAUGUGGUGGGACUCAUAUCCUUACAGUUCCCUAUCAGUUUUCGCACUGCACCCAUUGUACCUAACAGUACAUGCACUUUCAGAAAAUCUGCCUGAAGAUGUGAAGAGAGAGAUUCAGGGAGCCAAAGAGCGCUUGGAUGGAAAGGAUGUUGAUUAUGAGGCUACUCUGGCUACCAAACUUUCAAUUGCUAAACAAGUUUUUGCCCUAGAGAAGGAUUUGAUACUUAACUCCGGUUCCUUUCAGAAAUACUUCUCUGAGAAUGAGGAAUGGUUAAAACCCUAUGCAGCUUUCUGUUUUCUUCGGGACUUCUUUGAGACUUCCGAUCACAGUCAAUGGGGCCGUUUUUCUCAAUAUUCCAACGAAAAGCUUGUGAAACUUGUCUCAAAAGACAGCUUGCACUAUGAGAUGAUUUGCUUCCAUUAUUAUAUCCAGUUCCACUUACAUUUGCAAUUGUCAGAAGCUGCAGAAUAUGCAAGAAAGAAAGGGGUUAUAUUGAAAGGCGAUCUUCCUAUUGGAGUUGACAGAAACAGUGUGGAUACUUGGGUCUAUCCGAACCUAUUCCGCAUGAACACAUCAACUGGAGCACCUCCAGACUACUUUGAUAAAAAUGGUCAGAAUUGGGGUUUCCCAACCUAUAACUGGGAGGAAAUGUCCAAAGACAACUAUGCUUGGUGGCGUGCUCGUUUAACACAGAUGGCCAAAUACUUCACAGCAUACAGGAUUGAUCAUAUAUUGGGGUUCUUUAGGAUCUGGGAACUUCCAGAGCAUGCUAUGACGGGCCUAAUUGGAAAAUUCAGACCAUCUAUCCCCCUUAGUCAGGAAGAACUUGAAAAAGAUGGAAUUUGGGACUUUGAUCGCUUGAGCCGUCCAUAUAUUCGGCAGGAAUUUUUACAGGAAAAGCUUGGAGCUUCAUGGACUUUUAUUGCUGCAAAUUUUCUGAAUGAGCACCAAAAGGGCCGCUAUGAGUUCAAGGAGGACUGUAACACAGAGAAAAAAAUUACUUCAAAGUUGAAGACUUUGGCAGAAAAAUCCAUGUUCGAAAGUGAGGACAAGAUACGUCAUGGUCUUUUUGAUCUUUUGAAGAAUAUAGUUCUUAUUAGAGAUCCAGAGGAUGCAAGGAAAUUUUACCCUCGUUUCAACCUUGAGGAUACUUCAAGUUUCGAAGAUCUGGAUGAUCACAGCAAAAACGUUCUGAAAAGAUUGUACUAUGAUUACUAUUUCAAUCGGCAAGAAAAUCUAUGGCGGAAAAAUGCUAUGAAAACUUUGCCCGUCCUCCUGAACUCAUCAGACAUGCUAGCCUGUGGAGAAGAUUUGGGCCUCAUACCUGCCUGUGUUCACCCAGUCAUGCAAGAAUUGGGAUUAAUAGGUUUGCGCAUUCAACGUAUGCCUAGUGAACCUGAUCUGGAGUUUGGUAUUCCUUCUAAAUACAGCUACAUGACGGUGUGUGCUCCAUCAUGCCAUGACUGCUCCACUUUCCGUGCUUGGUGGGAAGAAGAUGAGGAAAGAAGACUUAGAUUCUUUAAGAUUGUGGUGGGUUCUGAUAUAUUACCACCUAGUCAAUGUACUCCAGAUGUCGCAUGUUUCAUCAUAAGGCAACAUGUUGAAGCUCCAUCUAUGUGGGCAAUUUUCCCUCUUCAGGAUUUGUUAGCACUGAAAAAAGAGUACAUGACACGCCCUGCAACAGAGGAAACUAUUAAUGACCCCACAAAUCCAAAGCACUACUGGAGAUAUCGUGUACAUGUGACAUUAGAGUCUCUGAUGAAAGAUAAAGAACUGAAAUCGACUCUCAAGGGUCUUAUUCACGGAAGUGGAAGAUCAUAUCCUUCACUUGGAGAAACUGACGAGCGGGGGAAACGAGAACCAUCUGUCUUUAUUACCGGGAAGCAGCAGGUUGCUGGGAGCGAGGAAAAGACUGUAAUUGCAAAACAAUUAAGCGGAGCUCUGAGGAAGGAAGCUUCUGUUUUGUAGGUCCUUCUAUAUAUCUGUAUUCCACGAAUCAUGCAUCCUCCUGGUGCCAAGCCUGAAAGAGACAUGCAAGCUUGUAAAAAUGAGGAAACUAUGAAAUACAGCAGCUGUUGAAAUUGGUCCAAUUUCUCCGUUCCAGCAGUGGUGCUUAAUUAUCAACCAAUAGACAAUUAAUGGGCACUAUUACUUGUAAUAAAUUUAAUACAACCUUAAUUUUAUUUUUAGUAAUUUAAUAAAAGGCUGCUAUUGGUGA